CAAUAAAAGCCACAUUCUUGCAAGCUUGGAUUGAACUACAAAUACGUGAUGGGUCCCGAGUGGUCAGAUCACGCGAGAUUUUAGGAGAACUUGGUCUGGCGUUUUUCUGUGGCAAGUUUACGUUACAAAGCCAAUACUUUCGAUAUUACACGUUUCUGGAUAUAUGUAAGAAAUUAUUAGAGUUGCUCCUAUAAUUAAUAUGCAAAAAUGGUUAUUACGAUCGAAAUAAGGAAAAUGUACAGAUACCCAUUUGAGCGCGUGGUAGACAUGCAUCUGAACAAGUACCCGACACCUCUCGAGGAGGAUGUGAGAGGCAUCAAGACGGUGGAGGAGAAAAGAGAUCAUGUGUCCGGGGUUGUUUACAGAAAGAGGAUAGCGGUCUGCAACAACGUACUCCCCAGCAUCCUCAGAAAGGUGACGGUGAUGAACGUCGAUGACGUCUUUCUGGAAGAGGAGUCCUGGCUGGACCUGAAGCAGAAGACCAUGAACAUCAAGAGCCGCUGCCUGACCUGGACUCAGUUUGCGACCUUGCAGGAGGUGUCCGUUUUCAAGGAGAGCCCAGCAAACCCCAACUGGACGGAGUUCUUCCAGAAAGGCAGUGUUACCGUGACGGGGGUGGGACGACUCAACAGGCUGUUUGAGCUCUUUGCUCAGUCCUUCUUCAGCAAAGGAGUACAGAAGAGCGUUCACAUCAUGGAAACCAUCCUGGAGCAGAAAUUUGGGCGUCCAUAUUCCUGAGAUGCUGCCAUUUGUGAGCCAACGUCUCCCGUUCCACGAAGAGGGUCUCUUAAGAAGAAUCGCCUGUUCAGUUUUUAAACGAUGCUGACGUACGAUGUCACUGAUCUCGAGUUGGGGAAUUUUUUACCACAAGCCGUGUGUCUGAUGAAUAUGCAGCCAUUUUCUCACAGACGCAGCUGCUCUGCCUUUAUGGACGUUAAUGUUUUCCAGGUGUGUUUGGUGUGUUUUCUGCAGUCACACGUUUGCUAGCACCUUUCGCUAAUCUUAUCCAAAUAAAAACGUGUACAUAUACAUAUUUACACAUUUAAAAGUUAUACUAGUUUCACUAGUAUUCCCUAUAACUGUUAAUCUGCUAAAGAAAUUGAAAUGAACCGAUGGCCACUGUGUCACAGUCCGAGGUUCCCAUAGUCCCACGGGACAUAGAAGGUGAAUUCAACACUGGUGUUCAAGUUAAAAUAAUGAAGAAAUGCAGCUGUUUGUUCAAUGAAUAACUGAAGAUUCUCAACCAGAUUUAUGGGAAGCCUUCAGAGUUAAAUCAGCGACAUAUUCUAGUGCACUUAGAAACGGCAACAACCGAAAUUUUAAAGUCACUUCAGUCUAAUCUUGAUGCCUUUCAUCAAACCUUUGUUUUUUACCUUGACCAAACAAUCAUUUAUUGUACAAUAAUGUUCAAAAUAUUGAAAUGAGGAAUUUCAUUUGCCAAAUUACUGUGUAUAUAACUACUGGGUAUUAAACGACCAUGUUGUACUUGUAAUUUAGAAUGAGACCUUAGCACUCAUGUGCAAUGUGAUUCUUUUUAUUGGUUUUAUAUGUGAAAUACUGAGAUGUUUUCAACUGAAAAGGUGUUUUCGUUUCCUGUCAGAUUCUCUCUGGUGUUCAGAACACAGUGUUGACCUGAAUGUAUAACCAAUCACACGAUUAUAUAUAUUUUAUGUUGGAUCGGAUAGACAUUGUUUACCAGAGCAGAGGCUCAUGACCGGGGGAGGGACCCUGAGCUGAGGCGCUCAUUUUACUCCGCGUUGGUGACCAGUGCUGCCUCCCAGUUACUGGUUAUUGCUCAUGCACAUCCCUCCGGUUACAGGGUAGCUCUCACACUAAUCCUGCCUUUUACUGGUUAGCUCUCACAUGCAUCCUGGUGGUCACUGGAUAUCUCACACACAUCCUGCCAGUCGGCUUCCGCUGGCGGUGUUUCCACAUGACGCCACAUGACGUUUGACGUGAACGGCCAGCGCCGUUCCUCUUCAGCUGUGAGCCGAGCCAUGGUCCUAACAAAGGGGAGCCUGGGCGUCCUUCUGCCGGGGAGGUGUGGCCUCCUUCCUGUAGCGUGAUGUCACAUGGGGACACCGGUCCCAUGGUCAUUGCGAGACUCAUGCUGAACGUAGGCGAGGUUGAUGGUGAUCAGGGAUGACAGCACAGUCUGUAACCUUCCACGGGGGAUUUUAUAUGUCUUCGUGUCUGUCACUUAUUAUCAAACUGCAGCCUAGGGGGAGUGAGGAAGUCGUGUGCAACAGCUAUGCUAUUGCUGUUUGUUUACCACUGUUUGGGACGAUUCAUCAGCCCACUUUUUAAAGGCUCACGUGCAAGCUGGGCAGCUUUAUUAACCAUUACGAUUUGCUAGCAGCAUUAUACGGUCUGACGCUUGACACGAGGAGGGUGAAGAGGAUACCUCACCAAACCCGGGCUGUAGCCACCAAGGCUUCUGGGUGCCGAAAUGGUGCGACCAUCGUUUGGCUGCCGGAUGGAUGGCUGCCCGGUGCUCAGACCUCAGGCUUUGCUCUCGUCUGUCUGUCUGUCUGUCUGUCUGUCUGUCUCUCAUAGGACGGCAAGAUGAAAUCUAUGAUAGCCAAAGAAUUCCUGCACACCUGCACAAAUACAUGAUUUGUUUAUUUCCACUGCAGCAUAUCAAGUGGUAUUAAAAUCAGCGGAUUGUCUGACCUCAGCAUUAUAUACAGGCUUGAAAUAAGGGAGUGAGAUCCCUAAGAAACCAUCAGGUUCUGAACCGCAUCUGUUUCUACGUUCUUAGGUUUAAUUGUCUAUAACACGCAUCAUUGUUGAAGCAAUUUUUAAAUAAAGAGCAUGAUUAUA